CCUCCCCUUCUCUCUCUCUCCUCUCUCUCUCUCUGUUUCUCACUCACUCACUCGUUUGGUCUCAGUCUAUUUGUCUUGUGCUCUGCAACUGGACUACAACAUGCUUUCCCUGGACCCCCACCCCUGUGAAUUUUCCCCUUUUGCAAAGGGCUCCCUGGACCCCCUCAUCAUCCCCCAGCCAGACCCCCAAGAGGGGGCGGGAGGGGCAGAGAGGGGCAAGGAGAGAGUGGGGCAGCUUUACAAACUCCUGCAAAACACUCUGCGUGAGGCGGGACUUCCUGAAACACGAGAUCGAACCAGAGAGCCAGCGAGAGUCGCCUCCAAUUCAGACAUCACCAUCUGUGUGCUGGGAUCCCCCCUGCCAUACCUCUCCCUGCUGCUAGAGGGAGGCAGAGAGGCCCCAGGUGACGUGCUCCUCUGCCUGUCUCCCUCCUGGCUUUCCCGCUCCCCCUCCCCUCUGCACCUGGGUUUCUCCUCCCUGUUCCUCCACCGGGGCAUCUCCUUCGAGCUGGGGGGCCGCACCUUCCUCGAGGACUUCUGCCCCCCCCGCCGCGUCACCUACCUGCUUCCUGUGGGCGGAGAGGAGGGGCAGGAUGUGACCCGGGAGGCAGACUGUCCCAUGGGCAGCUCCCCGAGGCUGGCGGAGCUGCUGGGAGACACGCUCCUGACUCGGGUUCUGCUGGAAAGGAACCGGGUCCGCUGCCCCCCCACCCUGGGGCUGGUGUACCGCCCCCCCCGCUCGUACCAGACCGUGGGCACCAGCGUCACCGCGGUCAGUCUGACGGAGAGGGAGGGGCAGGGGGAGCUGGUGCAGAGAGAGGUGCUCAAGUUUCUGGAGUCUCUGGCUAUGGAGCCGUACAGCAAGGUGGUGCUAAAGCCCAGCGGGGGGCGCUGGAUCAGGUCCCAGCGUCCGGUGCGGUUCCUGGAGAAGCGGGACUGCGAGGCGGUCCGGAGGGAGGUGUGCUCGCUGCUGCCCCUGCUGGAGGAAGGAGAAACCGCGCUGCUGGAGGCCUUCUGUCCCAUCAUGUCUCCAGUGUCUCCUGUCCUCACUCAGACCUGGGACACGUACAGAUGUAAGAGGAGGAGGAGGAGGAGGAGGGAGGGGGGGGGGAGGGAGGGGGGGGGGGGCGGGCGUCGGGCGUCUGCUUCCCAGACAUGUGAACGUCCCUCGUCCUGA